AUGCGUUCCACUUGCAUCCAAAGCACGACAGACACCGACAAGCUCAUGUUCGACAGCCCUGCGCUGGUGGAGCUGCGCCUCUCACCUGAGCAAAGGCGUGCGCUUGCACGAAUCACAUGGGUUAGUAAAUUUGCUUCAAAAACUGACCAGCUGCAUUCAAACAAUCGAAGCCUUGGUCUGGGUACAGGAAAUGCAAUGGACAACUCCUCGUUUGAUACAACUUUUAUAUUUACUGCAUAUGGUAAACUGGACAGCUUCAGGCCCUUGUAUUUUGUUGUCAUUCUCUUGGUAUACCUUAUUACAAUUUUUGUUAACGUUUUUCUUAUGAUAGUAAUAUAUAAGGAAACAAGUCUCCACAAACCUAUGUAUAUAUUUGUAUUGCAUUUAGCUCUAAAUGGAGUUUAUGGGAGCUCAGCUUUCUAUCCUAAGGUAAUGGCUAAUCUUCUAUCAGAUGUUCAAGAGAGUUCCCAUUUUGGUUGUUUAGUGCAAGCCUUUUGUAUAAGCUCCUAUGCAGCUUGUGCAUAUGCAGUCCUUGCUGUAAUGGCUUAUGAUAGGUAUAUAUCAAUUUGCAACCCAUUGCGGUACUACAGUAUCCUAACUCCUUCUAAAGUAAACACACUCUUGAGCGUUGCAUACCUCCUUCCUAUUUUGCUUCUGUCUAUACAUAUUUUGUUAAUAGCAAGACUGCCGUUGUGUGGAUUCUCAAUACAUAAACUACUUUGUGACAACUGGACUGUAGCCAGACUCUCUUGUGUAGAUACUAAAGUUAUUAAUAUUUUUGGUCUGUUUCUCACUACAGCUUUAGUUAUUUUCCCAUUCCUUCUCGUUGUAUACUCAUACAUCAGAAUACUAUCUGUGAGCCUGAAUGCUUCAAAGGAAGCACAAGGUAAGGCUCUGAGCACAUGCACUCCUCAUUUAAUCACAUUUAUCAAUUUUUCUAUUGCUUCUCUAUUCUCAAUAAUGUACAAUCGCUUUGGCAAUAGCCUUCCAAUAAGUCUGCAUAUAAUGAUGUUAAUUCUUUUUGUUGUAAUCCCUCCUCUUCUAAACCCAAUCAUUUAUGGAAUUAGAACGAGAGAAAUCAGGCAAUGUAUAAUAAAAAUACUCAGACAAAGGCAAAGCAAUGUUAAAACAGGGGUCUUAACUGCUGCUGAUACACAGGUGGCCACAGUGGUUGUACCAAGGAUUUAA